AUCAAUCAAACCUAGAAGCGAUUUCCGGUAAAAUAGGGAGAACGUAUUUUGUGUAUUUUGACGUUUUUUGACUGAAAUUAACAGAUAACCAUGGUUAAGGAACGUUAUCGAAAAUCUUCUUCAAGUGAUGAUGACAGUGAUGAUCACAAGAGAAGGAAGCACCAUAGAAAACAUCGUUCAGGAAGCCCUGAGGCCUCCCACAAAAGGCACAAAAAACAUCACCGGCACAGAAGUAGAUCAGAAAGUUCUGAAGAACUUGAAGAUAGACACAGAAUAAAACAGGAACCGGUCACUUCAGAGUCUGAUGCUGAAACACACAGAAGACACAAGAAACAUAUCAAGAGAGAAAGAAAUGACCAAGCUGAUAUGAAACAUGGCAGACACCAUUAUGGUCAUGGUCACAGACACAAAAGAGAGCACAUGGUUCGAAUGAAGCAGGAACCGGACAGCGAGGAGGAGAUGAGACAACAAAGGGCCGAAAGGCGACAUAACGAUCAGCGAAGACGUGAUAAUCGUCAAAAACGAGAACAUUUGUCGGAACAUCAGCGCUAUGGUCGCAGGGAUGAUCAGGAAAAUAGUGCAGCCAACAGUGAAGCUGCUGCGCCAAAAGACAAACCAGAUUUUGAAUUAUCUGGAAAACUUACAGAAGAUACUAACACAUAUAAAGGGGUAGUGAUCAAAUAUAAUGAACCUCCGGAGGCAAGGAAGCCAAAGAAGAGAUGGAGAUUGUACCCUUUUAAGAAUGAUGAAGCCUUGAAACCAUUUCACAUGCAUCGUCAGAGUGCAUACUUGUUUGGUAGAGACAGAAUCGUAGCUGAUAUACCUGUGGAUCACCCAUCAUGCUCCAAACAGCAUGCUGUCUAUCAGUAUAGAAUGGUUCCUUAUGAGAAAGAGGAUGGAAGAAGAGCGCAUAAAAUUGCUCCUUACAUUAUAGACCUCGAAUCAGCAAAUGGUACUUUUGUAAAUAAUAAAAAAAUUGAACCUCGGAGAUAUGUUGAAUUGAUUGAAAAAGAUGUGAUAAAGUUUGGUUUUAGUUCAAGGGAAUAUGUUCUCUUACAUGAUAAAUCAAGCACAGCUGAAGUGGAGUCAGAUGGAUCAUCAUGAACGUGUAUACAAAAAUGGCUAUUGAGUCUUCACGGGUUAUUCCACAUUCUGUAUAUGUUUCAGUGGUCAUAAUCCACAGCUAAAAGAAAGUGCAUUUCAUGCACUUAAAGUGCUCAAACUACUAUUAUUAUGAAUGUUACAUAAUUACCAGGGAAACAUGGCAUUAAAAAAAGUUUGAUAAAAAUAUAUGCUGAUGAUAUAUAUUUACAUUUUUAGCUUGACUAUUUGAAGAAAAAGGAGAGCUAUCACACUCACCCCUGCAUUGGCGUCCACCUUGUGUUUUUUUAGGAAGUCCGAUGUUUUCUUCAUUAAGAUAUUCAGUUGUUACUUGCUGUACUUGCUCAUAGCGACAGUGUACAGUAGAGUGACAAGAUGUUUACCCCUACUGGCAAUAUUUCCAGGAUUAUGCCCCUUAUUAACCUGUAAAGUUAGGUUACAGGUUUUCAAAAGUAUAACACCAAGUUUAUAACCAUUCGAGGAUACUAUAAUACUCAUCUUGCAGGUAAUAACAAGGUUACCCAAUAAAGUCCUCCUUCCAGGACUUAGAAGUUUUGCAUAUAAAUUGCAAAGUCAGUGCAGAUACAGAUAAGAAACUUCACUGGUAUUGAGGUGUAUAAAACAAGGUGAUAGGUGCAUGUUCCAUUAUUCUGAAUUGUAUUUUGGCAAAGUUAUGCAUAAUUUUGACAGGAAUUAGGACAAUAUACCUAUUCUUAGAUAGAAAAUUGAUUUUUACUGACAAGCCUUCGAAUAGUCGAGGAUGCUGUCAUGAGAUCAUUAGAAUUUUAAAUGUUUCUUCAGAAUAGAAAUAUUAAGACAUACACACUUAAACAGAUGGCAUACAACUUGUACAACAAGUUAAUUAUCUUCAUUUGAAAGCUUCUGCUGCUUAACACUUUUACAGUCAAAAAUUCAAGUAACCUCUUUGAAAUGAACUUAACCUUUAGCCUGCUGGCAGCAAGUGAUUUUGCCAUUGCGACCAGUGCAGGCCAAAGUUUGCCUGCACAUCCAUGCAGGCUGAUAAUGGUCUGCACUGUUUGCUAUUCAGUCAUUAAAUUUUCAGUGAACAUCACUUUUGAGUGCAGGGCCUCCUCUGCCAUUCGCCAAUAUAGCCGAAUGCUACAAAUUCAAAGAAGUGGCUACACAUUUUUGAAGGUGGUGACAAGAAUUUUAUUAAAAUGUGGCCAAACAGCAAUUCAGCUUCAUUUUGGCAAUUUCCCUCAAAAAGUGGCUACAACUUUCUGAGGCCCAGGGGAGGCCCUGAAGUGGUACUGUCCAAAUUGAAUGAUAGACCAGUCAAUUUUUAGAAAUUAGCAGGGUAAAGGUAAAAAUUGAAUGACAAAAAUUUCAGUCAAGAUGAGUUAGGGUAUACUCUUUGUUGUUUGUGUAUAUGUAUAUACUUGUUAAUGUACAAAAUCAGUUCUGCAUGAUAAAGUCAAUAUUUACCACCAUUCUUUAUUUGAUUUAUGAACAAGGUAAGAUUUACCCAUCUUCAAAAGCACUAAGUUGUUUUUCUUAGUUUAGCUUCAGAAAUUCUGAUUUCAGGGUGGAAUUUUCUUAAAGUGCAAAAUAUUUCUUAUCCUUGAGUUAUUGCCUUGAUACAUGUAUAUUGGUUUUCUCCCAUUUGUGCCACCAUAAUAUCUGAGUACAAAUAAUUUUAUUGUUACUGCCAUGAAAAUAUAGAUUAUCAAAGUGAAAAUUUCUGGCAUAUCUUUUUUAACAAGAUUAUUAGAGAAAUGCUGUAUUUUAUUUGCUCACCUGAGCACAGAGUGCUCAAGUUGAGCUAUUGUGACCAGUCAUAAUCCAGCAGCCAUCAACACUUGCCUUGUGAAAACUCUAGAGGCCACAGUUGUGACCCAAUCUUUAUGAAACUUGGUCAGAAUGUUUGUCUUGAAUAUCUCGAGGUCAGGUGGGUCAUGUUGGGUCAAAAACUAGGUCAGUAGGCCAGAUCAACUCUGGUGAGCGAUAUAGGGCCAUCAUGGCACACUUUUUUUUCAUGAAAUCUUUGAUGAGUUCUUAUCUGGGUCAUGUGGGUUCAAAAACUUGGUCAGAUCAAAGAAAAUAAUUGUUUACACAUUUUUGGUCCAAUCUUAGUGAAAAUUGGUCAGAAUAUUUUUCUCCAUAAAAUCAUUAGGUCAAACAUGUUUACACUGUUAUUUUUCUACCCUGUCUUCAUGACGCUUGUUACGAAAAUAUUAUUUCUAGUAAACAUUUUCAAGAUAAAUAGCUAAUACACUUUACAGUUAACAUGCCAGCAUACCAAAUUGCAGUCAAAUUUAUGAAGUAAGUCUUUAUAUAAUUAUGUCUCCCACCACACAGUGGUGUGGGAGACAUAUUGAUUUACUCCAGUCUGUGUGUGUGUGUGUGUGUGUGUCUGUCACAAAGCUUGUCCGCACUCUAAGUCAAACAUUUUUCAUCCGAUCUUCACCAAACUUGAACAAAAUGUGUUUGACCAUAAGAUCCCGGCCAAGUUCGAUAACUAGCCAAAUCCGCCCAGGCACUUUUGAAUUAUGGCCCUUGAAUUACUGAUUGGGUCCAUUCAUCAAAGCCAACGAGAGAAACUAGACAUUUUUCAAUGGGGUCCACUCAUCAAAGCCAUCGAGAGAAACUAGACAUUUUUCAAUGGGGUCCAUUCAUCAAAGCCAACGAGAGAAACUAGACAUUUUUCAAUGGGGUCCACUCAUCACAGCCAUCGAGAGAAACUAGACAUUUUUCAAUGGGGUCCACUCAUCAAAGCCAUCGAGAAAAACUAGACAUUUUUCAAUGGGGCAGUUGUGGGAGACAUGCGCUUUUCUCAAAAGCAUCUCUAGUUUAUCUUGAUGUGCCUCGAGUUUGUUUCUACAAAGGAUGGCCACCUUGUGCUGGGCUUAUUAGUAUUUAGAGGACACUUAGAAAAUUAUCGCUCAAUUUCAGAAUAAUUUCACGGAGUUGUUCCUUUUGUGACAUUCUACCAAAAUAGUUAAAUCAUAACCAUAGCUCAAAAGAAUGUUUUGAGCCCAGCUGCUGUGUAACUCAGGUGAGCAAUCUAGAGCCAUCAUGGACCUCUUGUGAAAUAAACAUUUGUAUGUCACAUUAAGAAAUUGUAAAAAAUGGCUGAAGAAUGUAAUAUAUGUUUGUUGUCUUCGUGGAUUUCUUACUUUUACCACUGGGUAAAUGAGACUUUAACCUUUAGCCUGUUGCUGGCAAGUGAUUCUCACACAGCCUUUGCGACCAGGGCAGACCAAGAUCAGCCUGCACAUCCUUCACUGCUGUGGGUUCGAAAUCUCACUUAUUUUUUUUUUUUUUUUUUGGUUGGAUUUAACGUCGCACCGACACAUGAUAGGUCAUAUGGCGACUUUCCAGCUUUAAUGGUGGAGGAAGACCCCAGGUGCCCCUCCAUGCAUUUUUUCAUCACGAGCGGGUACCUGGGUAGAACAACCGACCUUCCGUAAGCCAGCUGGAUGGCUUCCUCACAUGAAGAAUUCAACGCCCCGAGUGAGGCUCGAACCCACAUCGAUGAGGGGCAAGUGAUUUGAAGUCAGCGACCUUAACCACUCGGCCACGGAGGCCCCAAAUCUCACUUAGGAUGUCUAGUUCUUUCAUUUGAGGAAGCCAUCCAGCUGGCUUAUGGAAGGUCAUUGGUUCUACCCAGAUGCCUGUCUGUGAUGAAAUCACCUAAGGUCUUUCUCCACCAUGAAAAGCUGGAAAGUAGCCAUAGGACCUAUAAUCAUGCCCUUGUGAUGUUGAACCAAGCAAAACAAAUAGGAACUUUUUAACCUUUAGCCUGCUGGCAGCAAGUGAUUAUGCCCAUGCGACCAGUGCAGACCAAGAUCUGCAGGCUGAUCAUUGUCUGCACUGUUCGCUAUUCAGCAAGUAAAUUUCCCGCGAACACCCCUUCCUAAUGAUAAAUGGUACUGCCCAAAUAAUAUGAUGGACCAGUCUAUUUUAGAAAUUUAGCAGUGUAAAGGUUAAAGUCCAUGAUAUCUUGAUUAGUUCUGAAUUUAUCAUAAAAAAUAAUGUAUUUUUCAUUGUAAAUUUUAGCCACUUUGAUAUCAAAAAUUUAAAAGAAAGAAUUUGACUAUUUGUGAAUGGAUAGGUAUAAACUUUAAGUAUUUCCUAGUUAGCAUGAAAGUAACAUUUCCAUGAAAACAUUUUAUACAAUUUCUAAAAAAUAAAUAUUUUUCAAAAUUAUGAUUUUUCCUGCUUUUUACAAUUGGAAACGAUAUUUUUCUUGCUUAAAAAAGAUUCUUUUACCACCCUUUGGAGACCUUUUAAAAUGGUGUAUGGUUCACAUGUAGAUCUUGCAAAAUGAAGCUACCAUUCACGAUAAACCAUGUGACAGAUCAAAAGUAAUUUUCUUGCAUAGUUAUAAAAUAAAAAAAGAAAAGAGAAAUGAGCCGCACCAUGAGAAAACCAAGAUAGUGUAUUUGUGACCAGUAUGGAUCCAGACUAGCCUGCGCAUCCCCGCAGUCUGGUCAGGAUCCGUGCUGUACGCUAACAGUUUCUCUAAUUGCAAUAGGUUUUGAAAGCUAACAGCAUGGGUCCUGACCGGACUGUGUGGACUAUGUUAGUUUUCUCAUAGCUUGUCUCAAAUAUCACAUUCUAAAGCAGUUUUCAGGUGAUUCUUUAACCAGACAAACAAAAGAAGGUUUAGUAGAAUGAUGCAAAUUGUGAAAUAGUCAUAGUAAGAAAUAAUGUCUGUUUUAAUUAUGCAUGUGAGUGAAAUAUAAAAAACAUAUUUUUAUCAUCGUUAGAAUCUUUGUCUCCUCCAGCUACUGCCAGCCAUUUCUUGUAAACUUCUAUUGUAUGUAUGUCAUUAAGUUUUGUAAAUAUGAUUUAUACUAUGAAAUUGGAAAGAUGGGACUUCUAUGUAAGUUCUUUGUAUAUUUACUUCUUCAGUACAUUUCAUUUGUCUGCAGAGUUUUUUGAAUAUUUUAUUGUAUGUUUUAUUAUUGUAUUGAUAUUUUUGAUGAAAAUAAAAUGAUCUCUAUAGUCUUGA